AUGUUGAGUCCCUCUGUUGCGAAGGACGUGGUUGAUGUGGUUGAGGGGACAGCAAGCAUCACUAUAACGAACAACAGCAUAACCAUUAGCGUGCUUGCUCAGACCUUCCGUCUUAACGUAUCAGACGUCAUCGUCGCCUUUAAAGAGCUAGUCCCAGACUCGAAACCUAACGACAGGGAACAAAAGAUUGCAACACGUCGAAAACAAGGCAUGGUCUGGAUGGUCCCAGAGUUAAAACGUCGAGCAACGGAUACUCUCGUCACCGACUCACUCGCCACUCGUUUCCCCGACGCCCCUUCUCAACUCGUUCAGCAGCUCCUAGCCGCCAAGGAUCCCACGCCCCUACCUGGCGUCCCAGAUCCGACAAAUGCAACAUACCUCCAGUCUCUCAAAGGCUUCUAUACUUCUCUCAAGGACUACUGGUCCGGCGCAACUAGUACUUCUUCUCUCCUGUGA